AUGGCCAACAAUAUCACCUCCCAGAACCAUGUUUACGUUCUAUUCAUUGGGGCAGGUAACAUUACCUUCGGAAAUGACAAUGUGUUAUGGAAUCACUCGCUCCGUGUGGAAAAAUUUCUUGGAUCUCGUCUCCGGGUGAUAGGUAUAGUCGAUCCUUCCCUGGAGCGUGUGAAUGAAGUUCUAUCUGCGAAAGCCACAUCGGCUGCAGCACCUUCCUACAUCGACUGUCGCCAUUUCCUAUCACUGGAGGAUGCAAAUUCCAAGAUAAGGAAAGAAGGGCACAUUCCUGAUAUCAUCAUUCUGGGUGCACCACCUCACUUUCGUGGCACUCAGCUACCCUGGAGGGACUUAGAAACCAGGAUUAUAGCUGCAUUUGGCUCAAAACCAGCCAUUUUCUGUGAAAAGCCAGUUUCUACAGCGCGUCCUGAUCUUUCACAGCAAGUUUUGGAACUUUUUGAGCGAUCUGGAAACACCAUCGCUGUUGGCUACAUGUUGCGCUACCUGAAGGUGGUACAAAAAGCUACGUCCAUCAUUCGAGACAACAAGCUUCGGAUCAUGUCCGUGGGGGCUCGCUAUACUUGUGCAUACUCUAAGAUUCGAAAAAUUGAUUGGUGGGACAAGUCUAAGCAAUGUGGGCCAAUUGUGGAACAGGCCACGCAUUUUGCUGACCUUUGCCGUUAUCUUGGCGGAGAAAUUAACUUGAGAACGGUGCAUUCAUACGCACUCGAACAUGAUGAGCCCGCUGGUAAGCUCAUGCACCAAGCGGUCGAUGAGUCUCAAAUUCUAGAGGAGGAAAGAAUUCCCCGUGCGACCAUAUCAUCCUGGAAAUACACCACAGGAGCUUUGGGAUCGCUUACGCAUAUAAUUGGUCUCCACGGUAUCCGAUACUCCAAUGAAAUCGUCGUCGUUGCAGAUGGAUAUCAACUACGGCUUGUCGACCUGUACACAACCCCAACACUCUAUGUCCGGUCGCCCGUCUCCGAGAAAGAAGAAUUGUUUACUUAUCGGAAUGAUGAUCCGUUCUAUUCGGAGUUCGCCGCUCUCUUUGAAAGCCUUGGUUUAAAACAGGUCACUAGUGCAGGGCAAUCGGCUUCACCAACAGAAAAUGGCACCGGAGAGACAUUGGAAGCUCCGAAUCGAAUUCUCUCUUCUUACAACGAUGCGUGGAAGACGUAUGAGUUCACUUGGCGCAUCCGUGAUGAGAGUGAGAGAACGGGCCGGGAACUCAGAGAUAGAAAAUGA